UUGUCCUUCAAAAUUUUCAUAUUCCAUCCGAACGGACCGGGAACCCAUUGGGCCUAGGCUAUAUGGGCCUCCUUUAUCGCCCAAACUCCCAUCUUUGAUUUCUGCAAUUUACCUGAAACUUGAUAUCAAUCUUCAGCUCCGGCGAAGCAAUGUCUCUGUUCAGGCGAUUUAUCCCACUUCACAAGAAACUACACUCUUCUUCACAUUCAUAUUCAGCUAGAAGCUCUAUGAACAAUUACUUUCUUCGUAAACGUAGAAAAUGGCCACUUUCACUUUACAAAACCAAAUGGCAAGAAGAAAAGUUAACUCAUCAAUUAUCUAUGCAAAAAUUGGUAGAAUCAACACCUAACGGAUCUCCUAAAACUCAUCUCCUAUCAAUUCUUGUCGACUCUUUCUCUGCCUACGAAUGCAAUCCAACUCCAAAUGCGUAUUAUUUUAUCCUCAAAACACUUACCCAGAACCCAUCAACAUGGGAUGAAAUCCCUCUAAUUCUUGAUUAUAUUCGUAAAGUUGAAAAUUUUGAGACACCCGAAUACAUAUUCACUUAUUUGAUUAAGUUUUAUGGGGAUUCUAACAUGACCCAUUUGGCAUAUGAGAUGUUUUUCACCAUGCCAGCUUAUAGAUGUAACCCAAGUGUGAAAUCUUUGAAUUGUUUGAUUUGGGUGCUUUGUAAGAACAAUUAUGAUCUCAGAAUUGUUCUUCAAGUUUUGGUGAAGAGUCAGUUAUUGAACAUUUGGGUUGAAGAAUCAACUUUUAAGAUUUUGAUUAGAGCUCUUUGUAGGAUUGGAAAACCUAAUAAUGCCGUUGAUUUGUUGAAAUUAAUGGUGGAUAGUGGGUUUAAUCUUGAUGCAAAUAUUUGUUCUUUGAUUUUAUCUACAAUGCCUGAUGUAAAAGAUUGUGUUGGGGUUGAGAUUUGGGGUGUUUUGGAAGAAAUGAGGAGGUUGGGAUAUAGUCCAAAAAGGGUGGAUUUGUGCAAUGUGAUAAGGUUUUAUGUUAAAAAUGGUAAAGGGAUUGAUGCUUUGGAGGUGUUGAAUAAGAUGAAAAUGUGUGGAAUGGUGCCUGAUGUUGUAUGUUAUAAUUUGGUUUUGAAUGGAUUGAUUUUCGAAGGGGAGUAUUCGAAUGCAGAUGAACUGUUUGAUGAAUUGCUUGUAUUAGGUUUAAACCCCGAUAUCGUUACCUAUAAUGUGUAUAUUAAUGGCUUGUGUAAGCAGGAUAAAAUGGUCGAGGCGUUAAGAAUGCUUGGUUGUAUGGAGGAUUUGGGGUGUAAACCCGAAAUGAACACUUAUCACACCAUAUUAGAUGGUUUGUGUAGGUGUGGGAUGUUGUCGUCUUUAAAAGAAGUUCUUGGGCAGAUGAAAUCGAAGGGUUUACAACUUAGUUCACAUAUUUAUGGCGUUAUUAUUAACUGCAUGAUUAGAAAUGGUGAAGUAGAUGAAGCAUAUAAUCUGUUACAUGAGAUGGUUGACAUGGGGUUUGUUCCUCAGUCUAUUACAUUUGAUGGAUUGAUCGGUCUUUUGUGCAAGAAGGGCUUCGUUCUAUGAGGUGAUGGAAUUGUUAAGUAUAAUGUCCACCAAGAACCUUGUCCCUGGAAUUAGAUCGUGGGAAGCAUUCGUUCAAGUGUUAUCUUCUGCGAAAGAGGAAACAAAUGUAGAAGUGGAAGUUGCUUCUGCAACGAAGGGGACUAAAUAGAAACUAGAGAGAUCCACUGAACAAGAAUUGAUUAGAUCAUGUAGGAACGACUGCACACAGGUCGUUGCCAUUGUUGGCUGGGAAAAUCAGUUGCAUUGGGUAAAAGUCACAAGUUCUGUGACCUGUGAGGCAGAACAGAAGGCAUGCUGUGACUGAAAUUGCAUGUAUGUAAUGUAUAUGUUGUACUAAAAGAUUUAGUUGAGUCUGGUCUAGCAACCUUAUCCUACAUCAAUCCCUAGAAAUGUUCGACUUUGUGACAAAGUCGUGUGUAUCAAAGAAAUGGAAGGGCUCUCUCUCUGUCUUGAACCUAGACGGAUUUCUAUGUAUAUAUUUUUGCAACCCUGUAUUGUAUUACAAAAAAAAUGAAUGUUGAUCAGCCUACAAGAUGAUGUAUCACAACAAAAAGAGACUUUACCAUUAAUGUUCAACUUUACACACAA